CGGCCGCCAACAAUGGGCAAGGAAGAGGACAAGGAGAAGAAGAAGAAGCGCAUCCCGCGGGGGCGCAGGAACAGGGAGCCCAGAGAUCGGCUGGUUAAGGAGAAAGAGUUGAACGAUGAAGAAGACCAGCUCGCACCACCGGCACUAUUCGCACCUACACACCGCAAGAUGUUCGUUACUAAUUUGCUUGCUGAAUUUCUCAAUGUCCCAUGUCCCGCGACUCGAACCACAAUGAAAGAAAGAAAAUGAAAAAAGAUACCGCAGUCGAAAAACAAACUGAGAAAGAAUCAUGAAUGGAUUUUGGUAAUGAGAUGAUGAUGAUGAUGAUGAUGCCAGCUUUGUAUCAAUGGCGGUGAUUUUUGGGCAGACGAAUAAGCGCUUUUUUGCUCAACGAGCCGUUUUUGCAAUCAGCACCGAGCUAUCGAGAAUGUUUUUGCACAAAAUUGACAAAAGCAGGAGCUUACACACCAAAACACCAUCAGGAAAGAUGAUGAAUCACUUGAUAUAUGUUUGCAGAACAUGCUCGAGCUUUUCCGCACCAUCCACGGGCUCACCAAGGCGAGCAGGGCGCACACGUGUAACUGGGUGUUCAGUCUGCACUGCCGGGCGACACCCGCGUUCUUGCUGGCCGCGUGCCUCGCGGUCACCACCCGCCAGUACGUCGGCAACCCCAUCGAGUGCCUGCACACAAAGGACAUCCCACCAGAUGUGUUCAACACUUACUGCUGGAUACACUCCACCUACAGCAUUCCAUCCGCCCUGAGAAAGAAAGUCGGCGUGGAGGUGCCGUACCCGGGCAUCGACAACACGCAGUUCUCGGGGCCGUUCCCGCCGCCCAGAUCGCUGAUCCGGCAGCACAAAUACUACCAGUGGGUCAGCUUCUUCUUGUUCUUUCAGGCGAUCCUUUUCUAUGCGCCAAGAUGGUUGUGGAAAAGCUGGGAAGGCGGCAAGAUACAUGCGUUGAUGAUGGACCUCGACGUGGGGAUAUGCUCCGAGGUGGAGAAGAAACAGAAGAAGAAGUUGUUACUUGACUACCUUUGGGAUAAUCUCAAGAAUCACAACUGGUGGGCAUAUAGGUACUACCUAUGCGAACUACUAGCCUUGCUCAACGUUGUAGGUCAAAUGUUCCUAAUGAACAAAUUCUUCGACGGUGCUUUCCUGACGUUCGGUUUUGAUGUGAUCGCCUUCUUGGACCGCGACCAAGAGGACAGAAUCGACCCGAUGAUAUUCAUCUUCCCGCGAAUGACCAAGUGUACAUUUCACAAGUUCGGCACGUCGGGCGAGGUGGAGCGCCACGACGCGGUCUGCAUCCUGCCACUCAACGUGGUCAACGAAAAGAUCUACGUCUUCCUUUGGUUCUGGUUCCUCAUCCUCGGGGGCCUGACAGCGUUAGUCGUCUUGUACCGCUGCAUCGUGAUCGUCAGCCCGCGCAUGCGCGUGUACCUCCUGCGCCUCAGGUUUCGCCUCAUCAGGGGCGAAGUGCUGGACAUUUUGGUGCGAAAGUCCAAGUUGGGGGACUGGUUUCUGAUCUCAAUGCUUGGCGAGAACGUAGACUCGCUCAUCUUCCGAGAUGUAAUGCACGACCUGGCCGCCAAGCUGAGCGCGGCCAACUCCGGCGUCGGCCUAGGAGGCAGUCUCAGGGGUGAUGCUGGACAGUCUGGACAUCUGAUGCAUCACCAUGGAUCAACCAUAGGGAGAGAUCCGCUUGAUGUAUGACUUGGUGCCUUCCCACCACCCGUGCCUCCACGUUCGGGUAACAAGAAGAAGCAUUUGCAAGUGAAACUGGACUAUUUACUCAAGACUCGUGCCUUAAUCAACAACAACAACAACACCCAACACACGGUACACGUCAUGUUGCCGUGACCCAGCUGCCAAUGUAUAAUUAAUUAAUCGAUUAAUUACCACACACUGAUUGUUAACGAAAACGGUCAUUCUCAUCGUCGAGUGGAUGGACGGCCCCCGAUCCGACGAACCACGCGCUCAUCACCGACCCCACCCACCCCCUGCCCCGCCCCCUCACCCACCAAAAAGAAAGAAAGCCAAAUAAUAAUGUCGAUCGUUUCGUUCUGUGUACAUAGUUGUGUAAUUACUUUUUUCGAGCCCCCGACGCCCGCCCCCCUUCCAUCGAAUACAAAUGUACAGACUUGCUACUUUAUAUAUAAUAUUAAAUUAUAUUUCCAAGUUUCGAUGAGAGAGAAGAAGAAGAAGAAGAAGAAAUGCCAAACGAACUCGAUCCAACAUUAACGGACAUCCUUCUCAAUGUCAACCUGCACCGCCACGUUUCCGACUUGUAUAGCCAAUAGCGUUACGCGCGUCACGCCCACUCAGCACCCCCCCACCCCAUUAAAUAAUAAACUAAAUAUUCUUUGCCUUCCGACACACACACACACAUACACAAUUUCGGUCGAGAGCUGUGUCUUUUCUCCUAGCUCCCCAGCGAAUUUCGGCAAUAAAAUGUGAUAAACGCGCGGGUUGGCUUGAUGUUGGGUCAAA